AUGCGUGCAACAAUUCGAGAAGAAAUUGGUGAUUCUAAAUUUUGUAUAAUUAUUGAUGAAGCAAGAGAUGAGCCAAAACGAGAACCAAUGUCUGUGGUUUUGACAUUUGUAGACAAGCACAGUUAUGUUCAAGAAAGAUUUUUUUAUCUUAUACAUGUUUCUGAUAUGUGUUCUUUGACAUUGAAAACAAAAAUUUUAUCAGUUCUUUCUCGUCAUAAUCUUGAUGUUCAAAAUCUUAGGGGACAAGUGUAUGAUAGAGCUAGUAAUAUGCGUGGUGAAUGGAAUGGAUUGCAAGCUCUAUUUUUGAAAAAUUGCCCUUUUGCUUAUUACAUUCACUGUCUUGCUCAUCGAUUACAAUUAGCACUUGUUUCUGCAGCCAAAGAAGUUUGCUAUGUUCAUCAAUUCUUUUCAAAACUUACACUAAUUGUGAAUGUUGUGACUGUUUCUCCUAAACGUCAUGAUCAGUUAAGGGUUGCUCAAGCGAAUAAUGUUGCAAACUUAAUUGCCGAUGAUCAACUUGUGAGAGGUAGUGGACUUAAUCAAAUUGAUCUUGAAAAAAGUACUGAAGAAGGUAAUUUCUUCACUCGUGGUGAUGCUAGUGCUGCUUAUGAUGCUAUCACAUCCUUUGAAUUUGUCUUUGUUUUGCAUUUGAUGAGAAAUAUUUUGGAAGUUAGUCAUAAUCUUUGUCAAGCUUUGCAACGAAAAAAUCAAGACAUAUUGAAUACUUUAACUCUGGUUUCUACUACCAAGAAUUUAAUCCAACGAAUGAGAGAAUCAAGUUGGGAGGCUUUCAUAAAAGAAGUUAUAUUGUUUUGUGAGAAAUAUCAAGUUGAAGUUCCUGAUAUGAAUGCAUUGCAUAUUCCUAGAAGAGGCCGAACUCGCAAAAUUGUUGACCAAAUUUUAGUGGAGCAUCAUUACCGUGUUAAUUUAUUUUUGGCUGUAAUUGAUACACAGUUGCAAGAGUUUAAUGGAAGAUUCAAUGAUAAUAUGGUAGAAUUACUUACUUUAAGUUCAACUUUAGAUCCCAGAGAUAAUUAUAAGUUCUUCAGUGUCAACAAAGUAUGUGAAUUAAUAGAACGAUUUUAUCCAGGUGACUUCAGUGACCAAGAGAAAUUUCACAUUAUGCAAGCUCAACAUUAUGAACUUGAUGUUCCUAAUCAUGUUGAGUUAACUAACUUGUGCACAAUUUCAGAGUUAUGUCAAGGAUUAAUGAAGACAGGAAAGUCUUUAACAUAUCCUUUGAUUGAUCGUUUGAUUCGCUUGGUAUUAACUCUCCCUGUUUCAACUGCUACAACUGAGAGAUCUUUUUCAGCUAUGAAUAUUGUGAAGAAUAGACUCAUAAAUAAAAUGGAAGAUGAAUUUUUUACUAAUUAUCUUUUGAUUUACAUUAUGAAGAAGAUUGCUGAAAGAUUUGACACCGAUUCUAUUAUCGAUGAAUUUUAUGAUAUGAAGAAUCGACGUGUACCACUUCGUCAGUAA